AUUAUUGUAAAUUAAGAGCUUAGAAGUUACAUUGUUGUCUGAAAAAUCCCACCUGUUUGCUGUCUGAAUAGCUCUCAUCAUGUCCGACGGUUCAACACAAGUACCACCACAAACAAUUCACACUGAUUUCAGCAAUCUCACACGUAACGAUUUUCCUAGUGAUUUCGUUUUUGGAACCGGUACCUCCGCUUAUCAGGUUGAAGGAGGUGCUGCCAAAGGUGGUAGAGGCCUUAGUGUCUGGGAUGUUUUCACUUUGAGGACUCCUGGCAACAUUUUGGAUGGAUCCAAUGGGAAUGUAGCCGUUGAUAUGUACACGAAAUACAAGGAAGAUAUUAAGAUGAUGAAGAGCAUGGGUUUUGAUGCUUACAGAUUUUCGAUAUCUUGGCCAAGAAUAUUGCCUGGUGGAAAACUUUGCCUUGGUGUCAAUAGAGAAGGAAUCGACUUCUACAAUGAUAUUAUCAACACUCUCAAAGAUUAUAAAAUAGAGCCCUAUGUGACUCUCUUUCACUGGGAUACUCCGUAUGCUUUGGAACAAGAGUAUGGUGGCUUCUUAAGCCAAGACAUUGUGAACGACUUUCGUGAUUUUGCGGAACUAUGCUUUUGGGAAUUUGGUGAUCGGGUGAAAUAUUGGACAACACUAAACGAGCCCUGGACGUACUGUGUUAAUGGAUAUGUUUCAUGCAAAUUCCCACCCGGCGCUGCCAGUUCGCCUCCUCCUCCUCCUUCUCCUCCUCCUCCUCCAACUUCUGCUUCAAAUUUGAAUACAACUUAUACUAAAACAUUGUUAAGUUCAAGCCUAUCGGACAAUUGGAUUGCUACUCAUAUAGCUGUCGACGACCAACCCAUAAAGUACAAUUUCAUUCCUUAUAGAGGGUCUGAAACAAUGCAACAAAGCAACCUUAAUUUAGUUCCUCAUCGAGGCGCCUUUCAUGAUAACUACUAUAUGACCACAUACGCGCUCUCAUCUGGAUUAGAAAGUCGUGUUUUCAACAAAACCCUAAUCGAGAAAUUGGGUAGAAGCAGCAUUAACGGCUUUCUGACAUUAUCAACUCCAACCAAAGACGUAUAUACUGUCGGGAAAAACUUGCUCCUUGCUCAUGCAGCAGCAGUUCAAUCAUACCGGACCAAAUUUAAGGCACACCAGAAUGGCCAGAUAGGAAUAACACUUGUUUCCUGCUGGUUUGAGCCGCUAAAUAAAGAUAAUGAAGAUGACAGAAAGGCUGCUGUAAGAGCUCGUGAUUUUAUGUUGGGGUGGUUCCUGGAGCCUGUAUUAAGUGGUAGAUAUCCCCAAAAUAUGAUAGAUAAUGUUUCUGUCGAUAAUCUUCCACAAUUUGAACCUGAUGAAGUUGACUUGAUUAAAGGAUCCAUUGACUUUUUGGGUUUAAACUAUUACACAUCUUUCUAUGCGUCGCAUGAUCCCGAUCCUAACAUCGCAAAUGGCUACAAUAGAGAUCAGAAACUUGCAAUUUAUCAGGAAAAAAAGGUCGGCAAUCGAAAGGUGAAAAUUGGCGAGGUGGCUGGUUCAGACUGGUUGUGCAUAGUCCCACAUGGAAUUUACGAGCUCUUGAAAGAAAUAAACCAGACAUACAACAACAGCACAUACAACCUCCCUCCUAUAUACAUCACUGAAAAUGGGGUCGAUGAAAAGCAUGAUCACAGACUCACUGCUUAUCAAGCUUGUAAGGAUCAACAAAGGAUCAAAUAUCACCAAGAUCAUCUUGGAAAUAUUCUAAAAGCAAUGAAUGAUAAAGAUGGGAAAGUGAACAUAAAGGGCUACUUUGCGUGGUCGUUCUGUGAUAAUUUUGAAUGGCACGUAGGGUACACUUCUAGAUUUGGCAUCAUUUAUAUCGAUUACAUGAAUCAUCUGAGAAGACACCCUAAAGAAUCGGCUACGUGGUUUUCCAAGUUCUUGGUGAAGAAUCAGUCGGGAGAUAACAAGGGUUCAGGGAAUAAUGAACCUAGUGCAAAUCAAUCUGGUGAUAACAAGGGUUCGGAGAAUAAUAUUUCUGGUGUAAAUCCAUCGGGAGCGAGGAACAAUGUUCCUGGUGCAAAUCAGUCGGGAGAUAACAAGGGUUCGGAGAAUAAUGUUCCUGGUGCAAAUGAGUUGGGAGAUAACAAGGGUUCGGGGAAUAAUGUUCCUGGUGCUAAUGAGUUGAGAAAUAACAAGGGUUUGGGAAAUAAUCAACCUAGUGCAAAUCAAUCUGGUGAUAACAAGGGUUCGGGAAAUAAAAUUUCAGGUGCAAGUCCAACGGGAGCGGGGAACAAUGUUCCUGGUGCAAAUCAGUCGGGAGAUAACAAGGAUUCGGGGAAUAAUGUUCCUAGUGUAAAUGAGCUGGGAGAUAACAAAGGUUCAGGGAAUGAUGUCCCUAGUGCAAAUGAGUUGGGAGAAAACAAGGGUUCGGGGAAUAAUGAACCUAGUGCAAAUCAAUCUGGUGAUAACAAAGGUUCGGGGAAUAAUAUUUCUAGUGCAAAUCUGUCGGGUUCGAGGAAUAAUGUUCCUGGUGCAAAUGAGUUGGGAGAUAACAAGGAUUUGGGGAAUAAUAUUCCAGGUGCAAAUGAGUUGGGAGAUAAGAAGAGUUCGGGGAAUAAUGUUCCUGGUGCGAAUGAGUUGGGAGAUAACAAGGGUUCGGGGAAUAAUGGUGCUGGUGCUAAUGAGCCAGAAAAUAACAAGGGUUCAGAGAACAAACCCUAAAAGAGCUCUUGUGAUGCAGAAGACUGGGCACGAUCGCCAACUCGUAUUCUGGAAUUCAUGCUGAAUCAUUUAGUGUGUAUGAGUGUGUGUUUCAUUUCAUAUUAAGUUAUGUAGUAUGAGUCCGCGUGGCUGGUUUUAUGUUAAAUCAUGUAAUGUGUGUUUGACUUGAGCAUUAAUAAAUAUGGUGGAGCUUUAUGUA